AUGUUCAACUCCAUUCUCAUACUAUUAGCUUUCUAAUCCAUUAAUUUAUCUAACGCCAAGGAAUAAUUGGAGAUGGCAAUAGAAAUAUGUAGACAUGGAGCUAGAUCACCAGUUGAUCAGAAACACAACGUGUCCCAGAUUUAUUGGCCUAGAGGUCUUGGAAUGCUUACAGAAGUAGGUAGCAGACAGUAAUUUGAGCUAGGCACAGAACUUAGAAAAAGAUACAUUGAUGAGUAUAAGUUACUUGAUGAGGUAUACAAUCCAGAGUAGCUACUGGUCAUGUCUACAGUCAGAGAAAGAUGCUUUGAAAGUGCUCAGGCUUAGCUGUAGGGACUAUACCCCCCACUGACGUAAUCAUCUCAAAACACUCCAAAAUUAACAAGUUGGUAAUAAACUCAUGUGACUCUUCCAUUGAGCUCUAAUGAUGAAGAUUUCAAGAAUUUUGAGAAUUCUGACUCAUUGAAAAAUUUAAACGACUCACCGGGAGAGAUUGCAUACUAGAAUAUUCCAAUAUAUGUUUAAGAAGAGAAAAAAGAUUUUGUCUUGAGAGGUUUCAGCCAUAAAACCUGCCCAAUAAUGGUUUAAAGAUUAUAGGAAGCUUCUCAGACAUAAUACUACUAGGAUCUUCUCAAGUACUAUUAAGAGAAGCUCUUUAUCCCUUUAUCCAGGAAAUUGAACAUUCAACCAGAGAUAAUGAAGUGGGAUGAGUUUUAGAAAAUGGCAGAUGAAAUAGUAUUAACUCUUGAAAACGGCCAGAAACUACCAUUUUAAUUAACUGAAGAUGAGCUGAAGCUAAUACGAAUCUUUAUGGCAGAUGAGUUUUUUAACGUUAAGAACUAUGGCUAAGAUAUACCCUGGUUUACAUCUAGCAGAUUGAGGGAAUUCAUAGCUGAUAAGAUGCAAGGAAAACUCAAUAAUGAGCAUAAUUAGAAAUUCAUAAUCAUGUCUUCUCAUGAUAGUGUAGUCGCAAUGAUAUUAGCUGCUCUAGAUCUGAGAUAAGAUGAACAACCUAAACUUGCUUCAACGGUUAUAUUUGAACUUUGGUCUUCUAGCAACCUUACCUCUAUUAAUGGAAAUUUGCCAUUGCAAUCUAAAGUGUAGUGGGUGAAACUGUUAUAUAAUGACAAGGAACUGAACCUGCACACGUUUUGCUAUGGCUCCUCAAAUAGUAAUAAUUUUAUGCCUAAUAAAUGUGAUUUCCAAACAUUUUAAUAAAAACUAUCAGAAAAUAUCUAUCCCAUUGAAAAAGAUUGCUUUGAAACCUAGUAUUCAUCUAUAUUUUAGCCAUUAGGCUAGCUAGACUUUGGAAAAUAUAACUAAACUAUUGUAGCAGUAGCACUGCUAGGAUUUUUAGUGGUUCUAUUGGUUAUCGGAAAGAAAAUGUUUGACAACUCAUUGAAGAAAAAAUAGCCUAAGAAGAACUUCAAGGGUGGCUUUAAAUUUGUUGAAACUGAAUGA